GGGAGUGACAGGGCACUCGACCCACUUUUUAGAUCAAUUGAUAACGACGUCGUUGAUAAAUACUCAGUCAGUCGUACGUGCAGCCUCAAGAUGGAAGACUUUAAUCUGAGAGCAACACUCGAGAAAUAUAUUCCCGAGCCUGAGUUGCAAAAAACAUUGGCCGUUUUGUAUGGGGAGGGCUGCAGCCUCCAAGGCAUUAUUCGGGAUGUGACUGAUUUCGACGUGAACAGUUACUCUUUGGUGGACAUUGCUCGGGAGGAGUCAACGAAUCCCCGGAGGAUAGUUCGAGUGGGACUAAUCCAAAAUUCAAUCGUUCUUCCCACAGAAGCACCAGUGGUUGACCAACGAAAUGCUAUUCAUAGUAAAAUUGAGGGGUACAUAGAAGUGGCAGGAAGGGCCAAUGUCAACAUUGUUUGUCUGCAAGAGGCCUGGAACAUGCCUUUUGCAUUCUGUACAAGAGAGAAAUACCCAUGGGUUGAAUUCGCCGAAGACGCACUGACCGGCCCCAGCACAAAAUUAUUAUCCAAGCUUGCUAAAAUUCAUGAAAUGGUGAUAAUAUCCCCCAUCCUGGAACGAGACAGCGUUCACGGGAAUAUCCUCUGGAAUACUGCUGUUGUAAUCGACACUGAUGGCCAAGUACUGGGCAAGCACAGGAAGAAUCACAUCCCAAGAGUUGGGGAUUUCAACGAAUCCACGUAUUAUAUGGAGGGCGAUACUGGCCACCCAGUUUUUGAGACGCAAUUUGGAAAAAUUGGUGUCAACAUUUGCUAUGGACGGCAUCAUCCCUUGAAUUGGGCGAUGUUUGGAAUUAAUGGAGCAGAGAUUGUGUUCAAUCCCUCGGCAACUGUGGGCGCCUUGUCUGAGCCUCUCUGGCCCGUUGAAGCCCGAUGCGCCGCGAUAGCGAACAGCUACUUUACCUGUGCUAUAAAUCGUGUUGGAACUGAAACGUUCCCCAAUGAAUUUACAUCGGGCGAUGGGAAGCCUGCUCACAAAGACUUUGGACAUUUUUACGGAUCUAGUUACGUAACUGCACCCAAUGGCACUCGCACUCCUGGUUUGAGUCGUCAUAGAGAUGGCUUACUCAUCGUUGAGAUGGAUCUUAAUGCCUGUCGUCAUACGAACGAUCACUGGGGUUUUCGAAUGACCCAGAGACUGGCGAUGUACGCCGAAGCCUUCACCAAAGCUACCAACCCCGACUUCAAGCCUCAAGUCAUAAAGAAAAAACAGGAGUAAUGAAAACACAAAACUAUUCAUCAAAAAUUAUGUUUAUGUUCUUUUCGUAUGUCUUUUGAUAUGAACAAAUUGCGUUUUCUAAUAAAAAAGGAUAUCUAUUUUAAUACCAUUAA